AUGGGGCAGCCCCUGAAGCGGCGCCUCGACGUGCCCGGCGCGGUGCCCUCGGUGCUGCGGCGGCGGCUGCUGCUGCUGGGCGCCAUGCUCGGCCUCUGGCUCUGCCUCUUCUACUCGUGCGGCGGCUCCUGCGCCGGGCUGGCGGCUCCCGGGGGCUCCCCGGCGCCGCGGGGUCCGUCGGGGGGCGGCCUGCCCCCCCCGCCCCCCCCGGGGCUGCCCGAGGCCGCCCGCCCCAUCUCCAGCCUCGCCGACGGCACCGGCAGCAAGCGGCUGCCGCAGGCCGUCAUCAUCGGCGUGAAGAAGGGGGGGACGCGGGCGCUGCUGGAGUUCCUGCGGGUGCACCCCGACGUGCGCGCCGUCGGCGCCGAGCCCCAUUUCUUCGACCGCAACUACGAGCGGGGCCUCGCCUGGUACAGGGACCUCAUGCCCAGGACCCUGGAGGGGCAGAUCACCAUGGAGAAGACCCCCAGCUACUUCGUCACCAAGGAGGCCCCGGCCCGCAUCUCCUCCAUGUCCAAGGGCACGAAGCUCAUCGUGGUGGUGCGGGACCCCGUGACCAGAGCCAUCUCGGACUACACCCAGACGCUCUCCAAGAAGCCCGAUAUCCCCACCUUUGAGAGCCUGACCUUCAAAAACAGGACUACGGGCCUGAUCGACACCUCGUGGAGCGCCAUCCAGAUCGGCAUCUAUGCCAAGCACCUGGAGAACUGGCUCCUCUACUUCCCCAUCGGGCAGAUCCUCUUUGUCAGCGGGGAGAGGCUGAUCAGCGACCCCGCGGGGGAGCUGGGCAGGGUCCAGGACUUUCUGGGCCUCAAGAGGAUCAUCACCGACAAACACUUCUACUUCAACAAAACCAAGGGCUUCCCCUGCCUGAAGAAGGCGGAGGGCAGCAGCAAACCCCACUGCCUGGGGAAAACGAAAGGCAGGACCCACCCCGACAUCGACCAGGAGGUGGUGCAGAGGCUGCGGGACUUCUACCGGCCUUUCAACAUGAAGUUCUACCAGAUGACGGGGCAGGACUUCGGCUGGGACUGAGGCUGGUGUGGGAAAGUCCCCUGUAAUUACUUGCCCAGCACGGUUUGCGUAUAUAAAGAGAUAUAUAUGUAUGUAAAAUGUACAGAAAUCUAUUUUAUAAUAAUUUAUUUUU